AUGCAGGAAUCUUUACAUCUGUUCUAUCGGAUAUUUGUGACUGUCUACUAUUGUACAUUUUGUACACAACAUCUCAUACGUCUGUAUCAAAUCCAAGAUAAUGUUUCAGAAUUAGUCGAUACCUUAUACGUCUUGUUAACACUUUUCAAUUCGCUCGGCAAACUGGUUAUUUUCAAUGUACGAAGGACUCGCAUCGAACGUAUUGCUGAAGUUAUAAAAGGUGAGGAAUUAGAAAUCAGAAGAGGUCCAGUAUUUGCACCUAAUAGUAAACGGCACGAAGAGCUCAUAAUGCGCAAUGCUGCGAAGAUGAAACGAUUGUUCCGAGGAUAUCAGGGCUUUGUGAUCGUCUGCUCCAUGUUGUGGAUGACGUAUCCACUAAUGACUCGCUUCUUGGGUGAAGAAGUUCGCUUUGCCAUGUAUUGGCCAUUCAGCACCGAUAAACUUCCAGUGCUGGUCGAUGAAGUUGAAUCUGUAUUUGGGUCAUCAAUGGUUCUACAAUUCUUAGUCAUGGCCUGGAUCAUCUGUAUGACUGUUUACAAGAUAAUUGGCUUGAAUGUGAUGUCAGCAGAGUUCGUAACAAUGAUUGUAUAUUUAGGCUGCGUGUUGCUACAAUUAUUUCUUUUUUGCUACUACGGCACGCAACUUAAAGAUGAGAGUGAAUACGUGAACCAAUCAAUAUACGAGUCAGAUUGGCCGGCGGUGUCGCCGCGGCUGCGUCGACCGCUUCUCAUCAUGAUGGAGCGCUGCUACCAGCCUGUGGCACCCUGCAUUGCAUACGUCGUGCCUAUGUCUCUUGAUACAUUUAUAUCUAUUGUGAAAUCUGCAUAUUCUCUAUACACAUUUCUGGACCAGAGGGAUGUAGAAGAUGAUGACGAAGAUGACAAAAUGACAGUGAAAAUGUACAGAGAUGUGGAAAGUACAAGGUUUAAAAACAUAUUCUACAGAAGAUUAGUCAUGUGUAAGAAACGACAUGAGUUGAUAGUUUGGCUAGUUGAUGAAAUCGAGUCAAUAUUCGGUACUCCAAUGGUUUUGCAGAUUCUAGUGAUGGCCUGGAUCAUCUGUAUGACUAUUUACAAGAUAGCUGCGAUUGAUAUAUUGUCAGUGGAAUUUCUGGCAAUGAUUGUAUAUUUGAGUUGUAUUUUGUUUCAAUUAUUCAUUUACUGCUACUUUGGAACGCAACUUAAAGACGAGAGUGAGUUCGUGAACCAAUCAAUCUACGAGUCAGAUUGGCCGGCGGUGUCGCCGCGGCUACGUCGGUCGCUGCUUAUCAUGAUGGAGCGCUGCUACCGGCCUAUAGCGCCUUGCAUCGCCUACAUCGUGCCCAUGUCUCUAGAUACUUUUAUAUCUGUGGUGAAAUUCUCAUAUUCUUUGUACACAUUUCUGGAUCGAAAAUAA